UCGGUCUCACUCGAGCUCGCGCGCUUACUCGGUCGGACAUUGCCGUGCCAUCGCCUGAAACGACAGGGCCAUGCGCGUUGAUGGUGAUCCCCCGCGGUUACAAAUGUGAAGAAUAUGAGGUGACAACUCAAGAUGGAUAUAUAUUGAGCAUGCAAAGGAUCCCGCAGAGAGGGGGAGGAGGCGUAAACGGCAGCGGCGGCGGCAAUGACGACGGAAAAAGGAGGCAACCUGUGCUAUUGCAACAUGGGGUUUUAAUGGAUGGCAUAACAUGGCUGCUUAAUUCGCCCCAACAAUCGCUCGCAUUCGUCUUAGCAGACCACGGGUUCGAUGUGUGGAUCGCGAACACGAGAGGAACUCGAUGGAGUCGUCGUCACGUCUCCCUCGACCCAUCUAGCACGGCUUAUUGGGCUUGGUCUUGGGAUGAGCUUGUUACCAAUGAACUCCCUGCUACUUUUGACUUUGUGUAUAGUAAAACAGGGCAGAAGCUGCAUUAUGUUGGUCACUCCAUGGGUACUCUGACAGCUCUUGCAUCCUUCUCUGAAGGGAAGCUGGUGGAUAAGGUCCAGUCAGCAGCACUUUUAAGUCCAAUAGCUUAUCUCACUCAUAUGACCACCCCCAUUGGCAUUCUCUGUGCCAAAGCCUUCAUUGGAGAAAUCAUAACCAAUUGGCUCGGAAUCGCGGAAUUUAACCCCACAGGGAAGGAUGUAACAAACCUGCUGAAGACACUCUGCCUUGAUCCAAAUGUGGAUUGCUAUGACCUCAUGAGAGCCUUCACAGGGAACAAUUGUUGCCUCAAUGCCUCCACAGUUGAGCUCUUCCUCAAGUACGAACCGCAGCCGACGUCGACGAAGACAAUGGUCCAUUUGGCUCAAACUUUUCGAGAUGGCGUUUUAACGAAGUACGACUACGGGAGGGGAGAGGCGAACAUCGAGUACUACGGGCAGAGCACGCCCCCGAUCUACAACAUGUCGAACAUCCCGAAGAGCUUGCCUUUGUUCCUGAGCUACGGCGGCCAAGACUCGCUCUCUGACGUUCGUGACGUUGAGCUGCUGCUGGAUGAUCUCAAAUUCCACGAAGGCGAUAAGCUGACCGUUCAGUUUGUGAAGGACUACGCCCACGCCGAUUUCGUUAUGGGGGUAUCUGCAAAGCAGAUCGUGUACGAUGCAGUGAUCGCGUUCUUCGAUCGGCAAUAAGAACGAACUAGGGGUGAUCAUUUGAAACAAUGAAGAAUGUUCAAAAUUAAACAAUGAUCUACACAUAUAAGUUUUUGCGCCAAAUUAAUAUACUGUGCUGAUCAUGAAGGGUCGUAAUCAUUCAUCAAAGUGUUGAGGUUGGAAAUAAAAUUUACAACAUUUGGAGUGAACAACACAAAAGUUGGAACCAUGAGACUGCAACUGUUAGGAAUGCUAUAAAACUCUCCAAAUGUGGCGAUAA